UGGGCUCUGGGCUCUGGGCUCUGGGCUUCGCGCCUUCCGGCUGCGUGCCCGGGUCACGUGACACGAAGGGCGCGUGAUUCCUCUGGAGUCAGCGCCUUUUCCCGUGCCACCUCAUGGAGACUGCCGCUGCCGCCGCCCCUCCCGGGGGCAUCUUCUCCUCCUUCCUGCUCCUGGCCUUCGUGGCGCUGGCGGCUGCCGCGCUGGGCGCCGCGCACCACCUGGGGCUCCUCUUUCAGCUGAUGCACAAGGUGGACAAGACAAGCAUCCAGCAUGGCGGGGAGAAUGUGGCCGCGGUGCUGAGGGCCCAUGGUGUGCGGUUCCUCUUCACGCUGGUUGGCGGGCACAUUUCCCCACUGCUGGUGGCCUGUGAGAAGCUGGGCAUCCGUGUGGUGGACACGCGCCACGAAGUCACGGCCGUCUUUGCCGCUGAUGCCGUGGCCCGCCUGACUGGGACGGUGGGCGUGGCGGCAGUGACGGCAGGCCCUGGCCUCACCAACACGGUGACUGCACUGAAGAAUGCCCAGAUAGCUCAGUCCCCAGUCCUGCUUCUGGGUGGGGCCGCCGGCACCCUGCUGCAGAACCGGGGUGCGCUCCAGGCCAUUGAUCAGAUGUCCCUGUUCCAGCCAUUAUGCAAGUUCUGUGCUUCUGUGCGGAGGGUGCGGGACAUCAUACCCACCCUGAGGGCUGCGAUGGCUGCUGCCCAGUCGGGCACCCCGGGCCCAGUGUUUGUGGAGCUGCCUGUUGACGUGCUGUACCCCUACUUCAUUGUGCAGAAGGAGUUGGCGCCAGCCAGGCCAGUCAAGGGCGUCAUGGGUCGAGUGGUCUCCUGGUAUUUAGAGAAUCACUUGGCCAACCUCUUUGCAGGAGCCUGGGAGCCACAGCCCGAGGGGCCCCUGCCUGUGGAUAUCCCCUGGGCAUCCCCCCAGCAGGUUCAGCGCUGUGUGGAGAUCUUGAGCCGGGCCAAAAGGCCCCUUAUUGUGCUGGGGAGCCAGGCCCUGCUGCCCCCAAUACCUGCUGACAAGCUUCGGACUGCUGUGGAGAGUCUGGGUGUCCCCUGCUUCCUGGGGGGAAUGGCACGGGGGCUCCUGGGCCGCAACCACCCCCUACACAUCCGGCAGAACCGCAGUGCCGCCCUGCAGAAGGCAGACGUCGUCCUGCUGGCAGGAAUCGUCUGUGAUUUCCGCCUGUCCUAUGGCCGUGUCCUCAGCCACAGCAGCAAGAUCAUUAUUGUCAACCGUAACCGCAAAGAGAUGUUGAUCAACUCAGACAUCUUCUGGAAGCCCCAGGAGGCUGUGCAGGGAGACGUAGGCUCCUUUGUGGUGAAGCUGGUGGAAGGCCUUGGGGGCCAGACGUGGGCCUCCGACUGGGCAGAGGAGCUUCGGCGAGCUGACUGGCAAAAGGAACAGGCCUUUCGGGAGAAGGCGUCGAGGCCUGUGGCCCAGCACCUGAACCCGGUGCGGGUGCUGCAGCUGGUGGAGGAAACUCUGCCUGACAACUCGAUUCUGGUGGUUGACGGUGGGGACUUCGUGGGCACUGCCGCCCACCUGGUGCAGCCCCGUGGCCCCCUGUGCUGGCUCGAUCCUGGGGCCUUUGGGACUCUUGGGGUUGGCGCAGGAUUUGCACUUGGGGCCAAACUGUGCCGGCCGGAUGCCGAGGUCUGGUGCCUGUUUGGGGAUGGAGCGUUUGGCUACAGCCUCAUUGAAUUUGACACCUUCGUCAGACACAAGAUCCCAGUGAUGGCCUUGAUAGGGAAUGAUGCUGGCUGGACCCAGAUUUCUCGGGAGCAGGUGCCCUCUCUGGGCAGCAAUGUGGCCUGUGGCCUGGCUUACACUGAUUAUCACAAGGCAGCAAUGGGACUGGGGGCCCAGGGCUUGCUGCUCUCACGGGAGAAUGAGGAUCAGGUGGUUAAGGUGCUGCGUGAUGCCCAGCGGCAGUGCCGAGACGGCCACCCAGUCGUGCUCAACAUCCUCAUCGGGAGGACGGACUUCCGAGACGGCUCCAUUGCUGUGUAGGGCCUCAUGCGUCAGUCCCCUUGGCUCCCUCCCACCCUUGAACUGUGCCCAGCUGGUUUGGAGUCUCAUCCUUGCUUGCCCUAGGCCUAUCCCAUGAGGCCCAGGGAUGCUACAGCCCUCUCUGAGGACAGGGAGGGGCUGGAGGAGUCAGAGCUUAAAGAAGCUCCCUGGCAGCACUGGAGGGCUCUUGGGCCUUUUUCUCUGUGGGCCCAACUGUGCACUCUUUUUCCUCUCUCCUCUCUUAUACACUGAAUAAACCACGUCUGGUCCAUGUGGGCCCAAGUACUCAUCCAAAA